UCAUCACUUUCUUUUUCUGGUCUAUACUGUCUCUCCCUCUCUACAUUUGUCCAAGUCCUCUUAGCUAGAAGCCUAGAACCUAGAACUUAACCAGACUAUUACCACUACCGACUCGACGACGAUCUAGCCAUGGCCUCCACCUUGUUCUCAGCUCCCACCUUCACACCCUCCAUCCAGAAACACCCACAACUCACUCCUCACCAAUCCUUAUUUCAAGGUCUCAGACCCAUCAAGUCCACUGAUUCCUCCCUCUUCGGUCUCACCAAGGCCUUGUCUUCUUCAUCCAAGACCUCCACCAAGUUGAGCAGAAACACUCCCAAAUUUGGAGUGAAAGCAGAAUUGAACCCAUCCCUGGUCAUAAGCUUGAGCACAGGGCUGUCUCUCUUCUUGGGUAGGUUUGUCUUCUUCAACUUCCAGCGUGAGAACGUAGCCAAACAAGGACUGCCGGAGCAGAACGGGAUGACCCACUUCGAGGCCGGUGAUGUUAGAGCCAAAGAGUAUGUCAGCUUGCUCAAGUCGAAUGACCCAGUUGGAUUCAACAUUGUUGAUGUGCUCGCUUGGGGAUCCAUCGGCCACAUCGUUGCUUACUACAUACUUGCCACCUCCAGCAACGGCUAUGACCCUAAGUUCUUUGGUUGAAAUCAAUCCAGUCGUCGUGACCAGAAGUUAAUUUUUCUGUGUACAGUUGUGGAGGGUUGUGGCUCUCAACUGUUAUUAUUAAUUUGUAAUCUUAUCUUUCUCUUUGCUUCUUUAGAAAUAUCAAAUGAAAUAUCGUCUUUCUCCAUCAUCUAUAUAUCACUUUUCUUUUUCGGGUU